AUGAACAGUAGAACCUGCAGAAAAAGACAGGUUCUACUUGGAGCUCUGCGGCCAUCUCCAAAGCAUCCCUGGAAAGAUGCCUGGAAAGGAGUUCUUGGCAGACACGGCGUUGGAAACUGCAAUGAUAAUGGGCGCUUGCUGUUGGAGCUUUGCACUGAGCAGCAACUGGUCAUCACCAACACCAUCUUCCAGCAAAAGGACAGAUUGAAAACAGCCUGGAUGCAACCUCGGUCCAAACAUUGGCACCUCAUAGACUACAUCCUAGUGCGCCAAAAAGACCUCAAGGAUGUCAUUCACACCAGAGUGAUGCCCAGUGCAGAAUGUCACACAGACCGUCGACUAGUGCGCUGCAAACUCAGGCUGCACUUCAAACCCAAACCAAGGAAGGGAGGGCCCCCCACGAAAAAGUUCGGUCUCAAGAAGCUUCAGUCAGCUGAAGUGAAAGCUGACUUUCAGGCAGACCUACAGUCCAAGCUUGAGAACGACGACUGCCCAGAAGACCCCUCACCUGAAUCCCUCUGGGAUCAACUGAAGACUACCAUCCUGCAAACAUCUGAAGAAGUUCUGGGGUUUACCACCGAGAGGAACAAAGAUUGGUUCGAUGAGAACAACCAAGAGAUCCAGGAACUGCUGACGAAGAAGAGGUCAGCCCAUCAGGCCCACCUGGCUCAGCCAUCAUGUCCUCAACCUCCAGCGCAAGCUUCGAGAGAUCCAGAACGAGUGGUGGACCAACCUCGCAGAGAAAAUUCCAGAGGCUUCUUUGAAGCCCUAAAGGCAGUAUAUGGUCCUACUCACCACAUCCAGAGUCAUUUGUGCAGUGCAGACGGACAGGCGCUCUUCACAGACAAGACUUCCAUCCUGAGCCGUUGGUCCAAGCACUCUCAGGCCCUCAUCAGCACUGACCGCGUCGUCCAGGAUACAGCAGUUCUCCACAUCCCUCAGAAACCAGUCAUAAUGGAACUGGAUGAACUACCAUCUAUGGAAAAAAUGUCAAAAGCCAUAGAGCAGCUGAAGAGUGGCAAGGCAGCCGGAGUUGAUGGGAUAUCACCAGAGAUCUGGAAAGAUACACACUACCGGUGGAUAACACUACUCUCCAUCGCGGGAAAAAUCCUCGCCCGAGUGCUUCUGAACAGAUUGGUACCCACCAUCGCUGAAGACCACCUCCCAGAAACCCAAUGUGAAUUCAGGACCGACAGGGGCACCACAGACAUGGUGUUCGUCCUCAGGCAGCUCCAAGAGAAAUGCCGGGAGCAAAACAAAGGGCUGUACGUGACAUUUGUGGACCUGACAAAAACGUUUGACACUGUGAGCAGGAAGGGGCUAUGGAUGACUAUGGAACUCUUUGGCUGCUCUCCAAAGUUCCUCAGCAUGGUCAUCCAACUGCACGACGAUCAACGCGUCCAAGUCAGGUUGAACAGCGACCUCUCUGAGCCCUUCCCCAUCGUCAAUGAAACAGGUUCGUGA